ACACACGUAUUUAAAGAUAAAUUAUUCCAUUUAAACACUCACUGUACGUAAAAAAAUUUUAAAGAAAAUGUUAAGCGAUUGGUUAUAUACCAUUUUUUAGUAUAAAAUGUGGUAAGACCGUAACGAUUCAAAACAUCAACGGAUUAUGUUUUUGUUUUGUUGUGGUAGUAAAUUAAAAAUCAAUUAUUUACUAUUUUCAUGUUGUUUACAAACAACCAAGAGUUACGAGAUUAGGCCGAUCAUCGUUGAUUGUUUAAAAAAUAAAAAGUUUAAAAAUGCCUAUAAAGACAAAGCAAAUAAAAGGGAUAUUAAUACCCAUGGAGGAACAAGUAAAUAAAUUGAAAGAAUUAAUAAAUGCUAACCCUGUUACUCCAAAUGGGUCUAUGUCAAAAAACUCGUCUCUCUUCGAACACUUGGAAUGUUUGGGAGAAAAAUUUGACACCUUGGUAAAAGGAGAAAUUAGUGAUUACGAAGAAAUGGAAUCAAAGAUUAUUAGUAUUGUAGAAGAAUUUUGUUCGCUAAAAUAUAUGGAUGAGUCUAUUGAAAGCAUAGACAAAGAAAUGGCAGUUCAAAUUUUGUCCACUGUGUUAGAUAAAUUUAAAUUAACUCUUGAAGUACUAGAAAAAUUAGAAUGUUUGCCACUGAAACAAAGAUUGACAGAAUUCCUAGACUACAUCAAGGAAAUGGGUCAAGCCAAUGAAAUUGAACAUUUUCAAAACAUCAAGGAAUUAGGCACUUCCAUUCUGGAAUUGCUUGGACCAUUACAAAUAUAUAAAAAAAGCUUAGUGUGUCAGUUGUUAGCUGAAAAGAUCAAACUAUAUUUGUGUCAGUUGUGUGCAGCAUUUAAACUGUUAGUACAAUUAGUACAAGAACAACACCGGCUAAAUGCACCAAUCUAUAAUUGCAAGAAAUAUGUCUGUGAAAGACUCUGCUUUUGCUUGAAGAUGAUAAUAGAAAUAUUGGAUACAUCAGAUUCAUUACCUGAGGAUGAAGCAUUUGAACAAAAAAAUCAUUUUGUUUAUAGGAUGGAUUUGGUAUUGGAUAUCUUGUCAGAGAUUCCAAAUAAAUCACAAAAAGAUCAAAUAUUGGAAUGCAAAGACUUAUGGCUUCGAAUAGAAGAUGUAUUCUCGUGUGCAAUGGCAAUUGCACAGGUUUGCAAACCUUGCAAUUUUAAAGCAAUAACCGGAACCUGUCAGUCGAUUAUAUCUGAAUAUGAAAAUUUGAAGUUCCAAUUAACGUCUGAAUCAUCUGAUACAGCAUUGAAUAAUUUGUUCAUGAACAGUUUAAGCGACGCGCUUUAUCGAUUAGAACGUAAAAUUAAUGUGUCGGUAUUGAAUCUUGUUAUGGAAGUUUUCAGUGAUCCCUUUCACGCUCUGAGAAAACUUGUUACAAUCUGUGGCAAUUCAUUAAGCGCUAAAAAGCGAUCUAAGAACGAUUUAUCCAAUGCUAUAGAGGAUUUCGAUCAAAUUAUAGACAAAUCCAUGCAAAUUGGAUUGUUUGCUAUUGCCUCUUGCAAAGAUAAAAAUCGGAAUAAUCAAAUACGAAACUGUUUGGCAAGUCUCGAAUCUUUGGAAACAGAGUUGAUUUCUGCCAUUAGUACUUUUUAUUUGCAUCCAGAGAGUAAAGAAAUGCGAGAAAAUGUAAAACUGUUAACUGGACAGUGGCAAUUGGAAGUCAAUAAGUUGCACGAUGCGAUUAAUCUAAUUAUAGAUUCGGGUGCUUACUGUCAGGUAGUAUUAGACGAUCUUCAGGAUCGUAUUUCCGUAAUGACAAAUUGUCUCGACAAUAGGAAGCCUGUUACUCAAGCGCAAGUACAAAGUAUUGUACUUCGAUCCUUGUCGCUCUCCCGCCAAAUAAGUAUCACCAUAAACGAUAUUGGAAGCGACAUUAUUGAAAGGCAAACAAUAAUGAUGAUUAGAGAAUUAAAAGCUGCAAUAUUCGAAGCUGAUGCUGCCUCGAAAAGUCUGUUAGUGGAUAACGCUACGGAACCACAGCAAUUGCGAGUAAUAAAAAGAUGCGAAUUAAUUUUAAACGUAGUAAAACGAUUACAUCCCGCUUUAGUUGCUAUUAUGAAUAAUACAACAUUGAUGAAUACAAGUUAUGGAAAAAGCAGUAAGGGUCAAGGUGAUACUAUUCACGACGUGAGUAACAAAUUGGCAUCUACAAUUUAUGGAUUAUCUAAUGAUCAUCAUCAUCAAAAACCUUUAGCCUAUGUAAGAACUCCUUAUACAGUGAGCAGUUGCAAAACACCCUUAUCUAUACAGACUGCGAAUAGUAUUUCUAAAACACAAUUGAAUUUAUCAUGUUUGAUUCCUUAUAUCAAGAAAGGGCGCGAGAUGCGCACCGAACGUUCGGUCAUGUAUAAAACACCACGCAAAAAUGACUCUGUUGUUGAUCGAUCCUUGAUUGACAUUAGGUUAAAACCACGUGGUUUGACUAGUAUCAGACAGCAUCUGUUUAGCAGGGACAGUAUUAAUUCUCAUGAUGAUAUCUGUUUGUCUGAGGAAACUAUGAAUCUAACAGGUAUUUUAGAAAGAUUUGUAUUUUCCUGUACAAAUCUAUGCACAACCUCGUCGAAGUUUCAUCACGUAGAAAAAACGCAACAUGAUACAAUCGCUGAAAAAUCAGAUAAAAAGUCUGUUAGACGUUUAACAGAAUCGUUGGUUGAAUGCAUCGAAACGCAAUCUGAUAUUACAACUGGUAAAAUGGAUCAAUGUUCUACGAUUGGCGGAGGCGACGGGCCAUCAAUUGUGGAUAUAUCGAAAAGUUAUGAUGAUACUCAACAUCCGAAUAAAAGUACAGAAAUAACACAAGAACGACUAUUUGGAGAUUAAAUGUUGCCGUUAUGAUUUACGUUGGUGAAGGAGAACAUUGAUCUUCAUUGAAUUUGGAGUUUCAGUACAUCGAUUAGAAAAUAUAAACGUUCGCUGUUGAAAUAUAGUACCUUAAAGUGGUUUCUAUUAAACACAACAACAAUACUUGCAGAG